UCGGAUUCAAGUAAUUGAGAUCAGGAUCGUUUUGUGUGAAAACUAUCAAUAAUGGCGGGUCCAUCGAGCUCAUGGUCGCGAGCGUUGGUGCAGAUCUCUCCGUACACCUUCUCCGCCGUCGGAAUUGCCAUUGCCAUCGGCGUUUCAGUGCUUGGUGCUGCUUGGGGAAUAUAUAUAACUGGAAGUAGUUUGAUUGGUGCUGCCAUUAAAGCUCCUCGGAUUACCUCCAAAAAUCUGAUUAGUGUAAUUUUUUGUGAAGCGGUUGCUAUAUAUGGUGUUAUUGUGGCCAUCAUUCUUCAAACAAAGCUCGAGAGUGUACCUGCCUCGCAGAUUUAUGCACCAGAAUCUCUUAGAGCUGGCUAUGCAAUUUUUGCUUCUGGGGUCAUUGUGGGAUUUGCCAAUCUUGUCUGUGGGUUGUGCGUUGGAAUAAUUGGAAGCAGCUGUGCUUUAUCUGAUGCACAGAACUCCUCACUUUUCGUUAAGAUCCUCGUGAUCGAGAUUUUUGGUAGUGCACUUGGGCUGUUUGGUGUUAUUGUGGGAAUUAUCAUGUCAGCUCAAGCAUCUUGGCCAUCCAAGGGUGCAUAAGCCUUCACAUUAUGUGCUUGUUAUUAAUUUCAUAACAAACACGUUAGUCUUGGCCAUCCAAGUCUGUGUAAGUCUUUGCAUUAUGUGUUUGUUGUCAGUGUUUAAGUUAUACUGUAUUAUAUGCGUUUGCACGAGUCCUUUUUUGUCCCUUUCUUCUUUUUGGCCUUCCGCAGUUGCAUUUUGAUGUGCAAUUACUGUGUCAACUUCUUUUGUUAGUCUGUUCAUUGAUGUAAUUUUCUUAAUAAAGCUAUUGAGUACUAGUUCAUCUACUCUAUUUCAAAAAUUGUUUUACUUA